AUGAGGAUCCAGAGCUACUUCUUUCUGAUGGUUCUCCUGGCUUUAGGGAGCCAGCUGCCCAGGGUGUCAGGCUGGAAGAAGGGAGAGAAAUCAGGGGGCUGCCCACCAGACGAUGGGCCCUGCGCCCUGUCAGUGCCUGACCAGUGCAUGAGUGACCGCCAGUGUCCCUCAACCUACAAGUGCUGCUACCGAGCUUGCUUCCGCCAGUGUGUUCGCAGGGUCUCAGUAAAGCUGGGCAACUGCCCCCGGGACCCACUGCACUGCCUCAGCCCCACGAAGCACAUGUGUAACCAGGACUCCGACUGCUCCCGCAGCAAACGCUGCUGCCCCACCGCCUGUGGCCGAGACUGCAGGGAUCCCACCAGAGGCUAAUUCUGGUUUAAGAUUCAUGGCUCCAUAUCCAG